AGCUUGCUAGCUAGGCAGACAAGCUCGACCAUUCAAUGGCGCAGAUAACAACCAUCUUAGGGGUGGUGAUGGCGGCCACAGCGGUGGUGAUGCUGACGCCGCCGCUCCUUGCUGGAGCAGAAGUUUCUCCGGUGGAGGCGCAAGGGAUGCCCAAUUGCGACAUCGCCUGCGGCAACAUGAGUGUGCCGUACCCGUUUGGCAUGGGCCCGGCCAGGUGCUACUGGCCGGGGUUCCAGCUCACCUGCAACCGCACAAGCGACCCGCCGCGGUUGCUGCUCGGCGACGGCACCCUCCAAGUCCAAGAGCUCUCCCUCGUGCCGACAUUUGUGGCCGUCAUACGUACCGGUGACAUAAAAGUCGACGGCAAUGGUGAAGGAACGCUGGGCGGUGGCCUUACAGCCGACGGGCCCUACACGAUUUCAUCCAACCAGCUCAUCGUGACGGGCUGCAAUGUUCAAGCGACGCUCAAGAAUGGUGAUGUGACUGUGAGCAGCUGUUCUUCUAUCUGCAUAAACAGUGAUGGACUCUCCGAGGCGCUAUCCACACUCGAAGAAGGCAGGCAAUGCACCGGCAAUGGCUGCUGCCAGUCGGACACUGUCUUCGACCCUGCGGAUGUAGCAGGAAGGCUUGUCCACAACACGUCCUAUGACGUGCAGUUCAAAUGGUUUGGCUGGAACCGCAGCAGGGACCAGCAGUGUCCUGCGCACGUCUUUGUGGCGAGGCCCAGCUGGUUCAGUCGUGAAGCGGUUUUCAGUGAGCUGUUACGAACAGAAGCGGCUGCGUCAGCAGAUGCAAUGGAAGUUCCCUUUUGGCUGGACUUGGAGGUCGUUGCCUCGUUGGCCAUGGCGCACAAUGCUCAAACGUCUGCAAGAGCAAGCACAGCGACUGCGGAAAGGGUAACAGAGGCUACACAUGCUUCUGCAAAGAUGGCUACCAAGGGAAUCCCUACAUCACUGACGGAUGCAAAGAUAUCGACGAGUGCAACGAUGAACGCUACCCUAAGUGCUAUGGUGAUUGUACCAAUUUGGAUGGAUCAUAUCAUUGCCGGUGCCCGCCAGGAAGCCAUGGCGACCCCGUGCAUGGUGGCUGCAUCAGUUCAGUCUCAGGUAACUGCAGAAGAUCCUGCGGUGAUGUAGACGUGCCAUAUCCCUUCGGCAUUGGCUCUGUCGAUUGCUACUGGCCAGGAUUGGAGCUCACCUGUGAUACAAGACAACAACCAGCAAAGCUAGUCCUCGCCCUUGGGAUGGCCGGCACCUUCGACGUCAAGGAGAUCUCCCUCCAGAACAACACGAAUGCAUGCCCUCCUCACCAACGCCAUCGUAUCUAUCGACCCUCGUAGCUCGGCCGGUGUUUUUAUAUUUGAUAACCACUCGGAGGCGCC